AUGGCAAACAAAGCACAGCAGCCUCCUCACCUGCAUCUGGCCGAGGUCACCGCAUCCCAGUUCAUCGAUAUUUGGAAACAUUUCGACGCUGACGGUAAUGGCUACAUUGAGGGAAAGGAGCUGGAGAACUUCUUCAGGGAGUUGGAGACAGCCCGGAGAGGAGCAGGAGUUGACCCUACAAACCCCAUAUUCAGAGAAAAGAUGAAGGAGUUCAUGCAGAAGUUUGACAAGAACAAAGAUGGAAGAAUUGAGAUGUCAGAGCUGGCCCAGAUUCUCCCAACUGAAGAGAACUUCCUGCUCUGCUUCAGACAGUUUGUCAGCUCCAGCGCUGAGUUUAUGGCGGCAUGGCGGCGAUAUGAUACAGACCGCAGUGGCUACAUUGAGGCAAAUGAAUUGAAGGGCUUCCUGUCAGACCUGCUGGAGAAGGCUAACAGACACUAUGAUGACCAGAAGCUUCAGGAGUACACACAGACCAUACUCAGGAUGUUUGAUCUGAAUGGAGAUGGGAAGUUGGGCCUGUCAGAGAUGGCAAGGCUUCUCCCUGUUCAGGAGAAUUUCUUACUCAAAUUCCAGGGUGUCAAGUUGACCACUGAGCAGUUCAACGCCAUCUUCACAUACUAUGACAAGGAUGGGAAUGGCUACAUUGAUGAGCAGGAGUUGGACGCUCUGCUACGAGACCUUUACCAGACAAACAAGAAGGAGGUGGAUGUGAAGAACCUAACCGGCUACAAGCAGAGCAUCAUGAGCCUGUCUGACGGAGGAAAGCUCUACCGUGGCGAGCUGGAAAUCGUCCUCUGCAGGGAGCCAAUUGUGUGA